AUGAAUAAGGAACUAGCAGAGAGGUUUUUGAGUUGUAUAGAUCAUGAGAGAGAACAGGAUGUCGAAUUAACUAGUCAGUUGCUCAAACGGUUACCGAUUACGAAGUUGGUAGACGCUGGGUACGCUGUAAACAAACUAACUUUGGAAAAUGUCAGAACAGGGCUUGCAGGGAAGGUUUAUGUUGAACUAGCUAGUGAAGAUGGUGGAACCAUUGAUCGUGGUGGUGUUAAAGUUGGGGAUAUUGUGACUGUGGAGCCACCCAAAAAGAUAGCAAGUAAAGAUGGUGAUAAAAGCUGUUCAGGAGUGGUCUAUAGGAUCAGUUCAAAGCAGAUUACGGUCACCAUUGAUGAGCAGCAGGAAGAAGAUGUGACAACUCUGUAUAGUUACCCCAGGUUAUGUUUGGUGAAAACCACCAAUACAAUUACGUAUAAACGGAUGGAAUCUACAAUGAGGAAACUAGCAGAGAUUGAAAAUUUGAGUAAUGCGCCACGUUUGAUACAAUUGUUGACAGAUGAUACUGUCAAAUCGGUACCUAUUUAUACUACCACUAGCAAAUCUCUUCAAUUUGAUAAUGGAGGAUUGAAUGAAUCCCAACAACAUGCUGUUCAGUUUGCCUUACAGAAUGAAAUUGCUAUUAUUCAUGGACCGCCUGGGACUGGUAAGACAUACACUUUGGUGGAAUUGAUUCAACAAUUGAUUAGUAAAGGUGAGCGUGUCCUAGUAUGUGGACCAUCUAAUAUAUCUGUUGAUACGAUCCUUGAAAGAUUGAGUAAAGUAGUUCCUGGUGAUAAAUUAUUACGUAUCGGCCACCCAGCAAGGUUAUUGGAGUCUAAUCUGAGGCAUUCAUUAGAUAUCCUGAGUAAAAUUGGUGAGAGUGGAGCUAUUGUUAAGGAUAUUCAAUCUGAAAUUAAUGGGACAAUCAAAGAUAUUAAGAAAUUAAAACGGUUUAAAGAUCGAAAAACUGCGUGGCAAGAUGUCAAAAUUUUGAGAAAAGAAUUGAGAAUCAGAGAACAAAAAAUCGUAAGUGAAUUGAUACUGAAGUCUCAAGUUGUUGUGGCGACCUUGCAUGGCUCAAGCAGUCGUGAGCUUGUUGGUAUGUAUCAUGAUCAUGAUCAUCUUUUUGAUUCGUUAAUCAUUGAUGAAGUGUCGCAGGCCAUGGAACCUCAAUGUUGGAUUCCAUUAAUCUCUCACUCACAAUCCCAGAUGAAGAGACUCGUAUUAGCUGGUGACAAUAAGCAAUUACCACCAACGAUUAAGACAGCAGAUAAUGAUAAGAUUUUACAUACUUUGGAGACUACCCUGUUUGAUAGAUUAGUAGCCAUGCAAGGUGAAGCCUUCAAAUGUUUAUUGAAUGUACAAUAUAGAAUGAACCAAGAGAUAAUGAAAUUUCCUUCAAUGGUAAUGUAUCAAGAUAAAUUGAUUGCAGAUGAAAGUGUUGCUAGAAUUUUGUUACAGGAUUUACCAGGUGUUGAUAAUAAUGACGAUACGUCAAUUCCUUUAAUGUGGUAUGACACUCAAGGAGAUGAGUUUCCAGAGAAUUUUGAUGAUGAUGAUGAUGAUGAUGAAAUAAUGCAGUCCAAAUAUAAUGAAAAUGAGGCGCUAUUAGUGAAACAUCAUGUAGAGAUGUUGAUUGGUAGUAAUAUUCCACAAUCAGAUAUUGGUAUUAUUGCCCCCUAUAGUGCCCAGGUGAGUUUAUUAAAAUCCUUAAUGAGGGAACAGUACCCUGGGGUUGAGAUAUCUACCGUCGAUGGUUUCCAGGGGCGUGAGAAAGAAGUCAUAGUAUUGACCCUUGUAAGAUCCAAUGAUAAAUUUGAGGUUGGGUUUCUAAAGGAGGCUAGACGUCUCAAUGUCGCAAUGACAAGAUCGAAGAGACAACUAUGUGUCAUUGGAAACAUGGAAACGUUGCAACGAAGUGGUAACGAGUACCUAAAGUAUUGGGCAACAUGGAGUGAAGAGAAUAGUGAGGUUCGGUACCCAGAUAUUGACGAUCUUAUGUAA